AUGAUGGCAUUGGUUAGAGCGUUUACUUCCAGUGCCGCCCAACGAGGAGUUAAUAUUGGAAAACCUGUGAAAAUACCAUUUGUACCUUUGGUGUCUGAAUCUGGUUUUCCAGGUGCAGUUGGUAACACUCCACUGUUGCGCUUAAACAAAUUGAGCAAAACUUGCAACGCAAACAUUUUAGCUAAAGCUGAGCAUCUCAAUCCAGGUGGGUCGGUCAAAGAUCGUGCAGCUCUCUAUAUCAUUAUGGAUGCUGAACAAAGGGGCUUGAUUAAGCCAGGAGGAACUAUUGUCGAAGGAACGGCAGGUAACACCGGUAUCGGCCUAGCACAUAUCUGUCGUGCACGUGGAUACAAGUGUGUCAUUUACAUGCCAAAUACGCAGUCUCAGGGUAAAAUUAAUCUGUUGAAACUACUAGGUGCCGAAGUGCAUCCAGUACCUGCUGUUCCUCUCGAUGACCCUAUGAACUACAAUCAUCAGGCCAAACGCCAUGCCUCUUCACUAGAAAACUCCGUAUGGACCAAUCAGUUUGACAAUAGGGCUAACCGCCAAGCUCAUAUUGAAACAACAGGCCCCGAGAUCUGGGCUCAAACGAAUGGCGAAAUUGAUGCUUUUACAUGUUCCACGGGUACAGGGGGAUCUUUGGCUGGUACAACUCGAUAUCUGAAAGAUAUUUCGAAUGGGCGUGUUCAAUCUUUUCUUGCGGACCCCCCUGGUAGUGUUCUUUAUAGCUACAUCACCUCCGGCGGAGUUCUUAAGGAAAGGUCGGGAUCCUCAAUCACUGAGGGGAUCGGUCAAGGGAGAGUCACUGAUAAUCUUGCUCCUGAAAUCGAAUCCAUCGAUGGCGCAGUACAAAUUCCUGAUGAGAAAAGCAUUGAGAUGGUUUAUCGUCUGUUGGAUGAAGAGGGGCUAUUUGUAGGCGCAUCUUCUGCGUUGAACGUAGUAGCAGCAUGCGAAGUUGCACAAAAGCUUGGACCUAACAGCACUGUAGUGACUUUGCUCUGUGAUUCCGCAGAGAGGUAUGCACCCAGAUUGUUCAGUCGCUCUUGGCUCGAUUCUAAAGGUCUCUCAAGCGCAAUCCCAAAUCAUUUACAAAAGUAUAUUGUGCUAGACUAG